GCUGCCAGGAGCGCGGCUAGAGCAGCGCAGCGGACGGGGAGCCUCGGACCAGCCCAGCUCGCGCUGCCGCGGCGACCUUCCAGCCGACGCUCGGGAAACAGCGGGCCGCGUCUCAGCAACAACAAAAAAGCAGAGGCGUUCUAUGGUGGCUUUGGAAUUUCCACAUGCCAUAGAUUUCUGCUUGGCAGAUUAAUCAAAGGCAAGAGGCUAAUCUGUCUACGUUCAGAGUGUCACCCCCGACAAGACCCCCAUAACAGACCCUGGGCUCCAAUCCACUGCACUACCAGACCCCCACCCCACCCCAGACAUCGCUCUGGGGGCUGCCCGAGGCCAGCAGUGUGAAGAUGACCAGUGCCUUCCUAGCAUGACGACCUUGGACCAUGUGAUCGCAACCCACCAGUCAGAGUGGGUCUCCUUCAGUGAGGAGCCGCUCUUUCCUGCCCCUUCUGAGGGGAGCACUGAAGAGCACCUGCCAGGACCGUCAUCUUCCUCAGACCAGUCCGAGAGCUCGUCUGGGGAGAACCAGGUGGGAGAUGGAGGCUCUCAGGACCUUUCCCACUCAGAGCACGAUGACUCUUCUGAAAAGACAGGCCUCAUCUCUGAGGCAGCCUCCCCUCCUGGGAGCCCUGAGCAGCCCUCCCCUGACCUGGCCUCAGCCAUCAGCAGCUGGGUCCAGUUUGAAGACGACACCCCCUGGGCCAGCACAUCACCACCUCAUAAAGAAGCAGGUAGGACAGCCACAUCAUUGACCUUGCCCUGCUGGACGUGCCCUUCCUUCGACUCCCUUGGGAGAUGCCCUCUGCCCUCUGAGAACAGCUGGACCACUCAUUCUGAAGACACCAGUAGUCCUAGUUUUGGGCCCUCGUACACAGACCUGCAGCUCAUCAGUGCUGAGGAGCAGAUGAGUGGCCCGGCUUCUGGGGCUGACUCGACUGACGAGAGGACGAAGUGGCAGACAGGCAGGCAGACGGCGGUGAGUCCUGUUCAAGCAUGCACGGAGCAUACCUCUACCUGCACCCACGGCCUGGACCCCUCACCACCCUCAGCCCACCCCAGGAGAAGCCAGAGCCCCAGCAAGGGUCUGGAGGGGGCCUCUGCCCCCAGUGACAAUUCUUCCUCUCUUCAUGAGGAUGAAGAGGUAGAGAUGGAGGCCAUCAGCUGGCAGGCCAGCAGUCCAGCCAUGAACGGACAUCCUGCCACUCCAGUGACCUCUGCUCGUUUCCCUAGCUGGGUCACUUUUGAUGACAAUGAAGUCAGUUGCCCUUUGCCACCAGUCACCUCGCCUCUGAAGCCAAAAACACCAUCUAUUGCCUCUGUGAUCCCAGAUGUACCUUAUAACUCAACUGGGUCAUUUAAGAAGAGAGAACGUCCCAAGAGCACUUUGAUGAACUUCUCCAAAGUCCAGAAGCUGGACAUUUCCUCCUUAAACCACCCACCUUCUGUGCCUGAGGCUCCACCUUGGAGGGCAACUAAUCCUUUUCUGAAUGAGACUCUACAGGACAUACAACCCUCCCCUAUCAACCCUUUCCGCGCUUUCUUUGAGGAGCAAGAGAGGCGCUCCCAAAGCAAUUCUGUGUCUGGUGCCACAGGCAAAAGCCAAAGAGAUUCCCUCAUUAUCAUCUACCAGGAUGCCAUCAGCUUUGACGAUUCAAGCAAAACCCAGUCACACUCUGAUGCUGUUGAAAAACUCAAACGACUCCAAAUUGAGGAUCCUGAUCACUUGGGCAGGGUGACACUCCCUGAUGAUGACCCAAUAGCCUGGCUUGAACUAGGUGACCACCCGCCAGGUUCCGUGCUGUCCCAGCCCAGGGAUGGGUGGCCCAUGAUGCUUAGGAUCCCCGAGAAGAAAAACAUUAUGUCCUCCAGGCACUGGGGACCCAUCUACAUCAAACUGACCGAUAGUGGUUACCUGCAGCUAUAUUAUGAGCAGGGCCUAGAAAAACCAUUCCGUGAGUUCAAGCUGGAGAUCUGCCAUGAGAUUUCAGAACCCCGGCUCCAGAACUUUGAUGAGAAUGGCAGGAUCCACAGCUUACGGAUAGACCGCGUCACCUACAAGGAGAAGAAGAAAUACCAGCCUAAACCUGCUGUGGCCCACAUGGCCGAGAGGGAACAAGUGAUUAAGCUGGGCACCACCAAUUACGAUGACUUCCUGAGCUUUAUCCGUGCCGUCCAGGACCAUCUCAUGGAUUUGCCAGUGCUAUCAAUGGACUUGAGCACAGUUGGCUUGAACUACCUUGAGGAGGAGAUUACAGUGGAUGUCAGAGACGAAUUCUCUGGCCUUGUGAGCAAAGGUGACAACCAGAUUCUCCAGCACUGUGUCUUGACACGGAUCCACAUCCUGAGUUUCCUCUCUGGCCUUGCAGAGUGCCGCCUAGGACUCAACGAUGUCCUCGUCAAAGGGAAUGAAAUCGUCUCCCGUCAAGACAUCAUGCCCACCACCACCACGAAGUGGAUCAAGCUUCAUGAGUGCCGUUUCCAUGGGUGUGUGGAUGAGGACGUCUUCAACAGCUCACGGGUCAUCCUGUUCAACCCUCUGGACGCCUGCCGAUUUGAGCUAAUGCGCUUCAGGACGGUAUUUGCUGAGAAGACCUUGCCUUUCACACUCAGGACAGUAGCGAGCAUCAAUGGGGCAGAGGUGGAGGUGCAGAGCUGGCUGAGGAUGUCGACUGGCUUCUCUUCUAACUGUGACCCUCUCACUCAGGUUCCCUGUGAGAACGUGAUGGUUCGCUACCCUGUGCCCAGCGAGUGGGUGAAAAACUUCCGCAGGGAAAGCGUCCUGGGGGAAAAGUCUUUGAAAGCCAAAGUGAAUCGGGGGGCAAGUUUUGGCUCAACUAGUGUAUCUGGCUCUGAGCCUGUCAUGAGAGUAACUCUGGGAACUGCCAAGUAUGAGCAUGCCUUCAACUCCAUUGUGUGGAGGAUAACCCGACUGCCUGACAAAAACUCAGCUUCCGGUCACCCACACUGUUUCUUCUGCCACCUUGAACUUGGCUCUGACCGGGAAGUGCCUUCCAGAUUUGCCAAUUACGUGAACGUGGAGUUCAGCAUGCCUACAACUUCUGCCUCCAAAGCUGCCGUAAGAUCCAUCUCUGUGGAAGACAAGACUGAUGUCAGGAAGUGGGUCAAUUAUUCCGCACACUACAGCUACAAGGUGGAAAUUGAGCAAAAAAACAGUUUGAAGCCAGACUUCGAAGGAGAUGAAGUAGAAAAUCCCAAGGAGUGUGGGGUCCAGUGAAGAAGCCCCACUGCAGAGGGGCCUGACCCAAGAGUCAGGAUGGGAUGUCUUCCUUAACAGCUCAAGUUCUUGUCCGCAUGGCUGCUCCAUGUUGGGAACAGUGUAUUGGACCUUCCUGUUUAUAGUUGCCUGUAUUUUAACAGGAAACCCUAACUGGUUGCUUUGGAGAGGCUCUGAUUAUGCCUGAAGCACCUGGGUCACCUGGCUUUUAGAGUUUCCUGUAUUAAUUAAGCCUCCUCUUCAUUCUGCUUAUCUCACAGCAUUUGGGUGUGGUUUGUUGCGACUGAUAAAGUCAGGAAAAGAAAUUUCCACAUCAGUGUUGGCAUGACUUCCUUCUGAUGUUCAUCUGCCACUUGCAUCAGUUUCUGGAAAAAGAGUCUGGAGAGGUUAAUUAACUACAACUCCAUCUCUGUCAAUCCCUCUACAAAAAGUUGAGAAAAGGUAUAAAACUGAUGUCCUCUUUGAGGCUGCUAGACUUUUCAUAGGUGUUUCCAUUCUUUAAAUGUUAACACUAUGCAACAGAGGUCUGAGAUGGUUCUCUCCUGGUUCUAGAUUGUUUUGAUUGAAACACUUUUUCCAUCUUUUGAGGGUGUCAGUCCCAGUGUUCACCACCCUGAGUCACAAUAGACAAUGGAAAAAAGGCACAAUAGGAUACUUUUAAAUUCUGUGAUUAGCCCUACCUUCUGCAAAGAGUAGCUGUUGAAAGGAAAGCAAAAUUGAGCUUACUUUUCUUCAUUCUGGGGAAAAGGGAGAUUCAUUGUAAGAUUAUUUUCAAUUCAGGAAACAGCUUCAAUCUCAGUGAAUUUCCAAAUUCACACUGGCCAAAUAGAGGCCAUUUCUGAUUCCUGAAACACACAUCUCAGGCAUUUGUUAGGGGCUUUUGGGAACUCUUUUUAUACCUCAUAGCCAGUAGAUAGUUGCAAGUCUCUUUAACUCAAACGUCACAGGAAAUAUAAGUUGAAAAUCUCAUUUUAAAAGCUGUUUCAAAACUAUGCUUGUAUGAGCUUUUCCUAAAAAUUCAGUUUAUUAAUCAUAGUAUUGUACUAGACCUAAAGGCAGAAGAUUCCAGGGUAGAAAUAGGGGAAAGCCAUAUUUUUCUCCUGUUGGGAACACUGAUUCCAAGAAUCUAGGACACUCAACAUUCUCUUUAUCUGUUCCUGCUCACAUUCUAUACUUCUGCAUCCCAAAGGGGAUACCAGCUCAACAAUUUAAAGGCAGCUUUUAUCUGCCUUCCUAUUUCUCCCAUGAAGAAUAAAGGGGACAGAAAACACACUUAUAAGAUUUGUGGAUGACAGAGAAACAGAUAUAUAUAUAGUCUGCUGACUGGCAGGUUCAGGAUUAAUUCAUACAGUGAAUACUCACUGGAUUCUAACUAUGUAUUGACAUAUUGAUUAGAAUCAUAAUUUUGUGAAAUACCUGAACAUAAGACUGAAACUAAAAGGACAAAACUGAAUAGGCAUUAAUGAGAAACUCAAUAUUCUGAGUUUCUUAAAUGCAACCCUCUAAGUACAGAAUGGUGUACCUACCUGUGUACAGAUGUGUGUGUUAAUGGGAAGAGUGUUGGAAAGUCCUGGUUUCACAGCAGUUUUUGUAAAAAUGUUUUCUUAGGGAAAUGUGAGUUCAAUUUUGAAUGAGGAGUAUAUCAUAGCUGUUCACAGAACUAAUACAUUUCACUCCGUGGUAAUGGAAGUCUAGAGAGGCCUGCAUGCUUCACUGUUCAGUUCACAUCUGCAUGGAGUGUUGGGUUCAAUUCCGGGAACCAUAUUUUAAGAGAGACAUUAAUAAAUUGAUUCUGUCCAGAGUUAGGUGGCCAGGGUUGUAAAGAGUCUGAUUAUUCAAGAAACAGGGGAACAGUUGUCCUGAGGGUAUAGCUGGAAAGGGAGAGCAGAAAAAGAGGGAAUGAUAUAUAAUUGCUGCCUUGAAAUCUCUGCUGAACUACUGGAAGGGAGAAGAAUUGAACUUUUUCUGUGUAGCUUCAAAGGACAAAAAGAGGAACUUUAUGGAUGACAGAUGUUUGCUUCAAAUUAAGAUAGGAUAUUCUAAGAGUACUUCUAAAGAGGAAUGGACUCCAGUAAAAUUUCCAGGUGUAAUUGCUGCAAAUGCUCAAAUAAAGGCUAAAAUAACACGUCUAUCCCAAAUGUUAUGAAAGGGACUCUUAGACUGGAUAUGGGCUAGAUGCUUAUCAAGAACCCUUCUACAAAUAAGUUUAGUUUGAACAGUAAUAGGUCUCUCUAACUCUAGUUAUUUUUAGAUUGAUAAGUGGUUUUUCAUGCUCUUUGAAAUACAGUUCCCUAGAGGUCUUUGUCAAGUGAGGACUCCAAGGCAUAGCCCUUCCACUGUUGUGCUAAAAGUACAUAAAAUUCAUCACAGAAACACUGAGAUGGGCUGAAGAGUUGGCAAGGUGAAGAUCAUUUCACCACCUUCUUUACCUAAGGUUAGCACCAUGUUCCCUCUCAAGAGGUACCCUCUUCACCCGUUAGCAUCACACAUGUACUGGUGCUUGGACUGUUUUUCCCUGUUGGUUAAUUCUCAUUGCCUUCGUGCUUUCACUUGGACUUUUUUUUUUUUUUUUUGGCUAUGCCUGCUGCGUGUGUAAGUUCCGGGGCCAGUGAUCAAAUCCAAGCCACAGCUAUGCCAACACCAGAUCCUUAACCCACUGUAUCACAGUGGGAACUCCUGGGCAAAUACCUUUUGAUGUACAGAUUCUAAGUUUGCCACCCUGGACCUGGAUUGUGUGUUUGUGGCUACAUAUAAUCUUCAUCUAUGUUAAUAAUGUGAAAAUAUUAAAAGUGAAUUCAUUUUACAAAUACAUAGCAUUACUAUUAGAAUGCCUCAUGAUAUCAAGAGCUGUGCUCUUUUUUUUUUUUGGUCUGGUGACUUGCUUCGUGACUUUUAUGAGGUACUUUGUGGGGGAACCAUUAACCCCCCUUGUCACUCUAAUAAACAUAGUACUAGUCAUGUCUUAGCAAAA